GCUGUGUAGCGGGUCACGUGACAGGUAUAUCGUUUCACACCUGUUCCCUGUUCUGUGCACUGUGGUGGCUGACGGCUCGCGGGAGAACGUGAUGGACUGGCGGGUAUGCAGUCCACCGGUAAUGGAAGGCAUAGAUUUGUAAUGUUACAUGGCUGAAUCAAACUUGUAGGCAAAAAGUUAUACACUAUCCGUCACUCUACUCAAGUACCUUUACAGUUACCUGUAUAUAGCCUAGGAUUUUCUAUUCUUCAGAGAGUAGGCUACGGGGACGAACUCCUUUUGAGAUACAUUUUGAACAAAGAACUGACUUUUUUUUUCAAACCAUGGCGUUAUCUCAGAUCCACUGUUUGGACAACAACAAUGUAAACCCCCGGACACACGAAUCCAAACCGGAAUUUUUAUACUGUGAGGACCAGAGGCUCGCUCUGGAGUCGCUGCUCCAAGACGGCAGCGAGGCGUUUGUGAAGUUCCUCUGCGCGCAAAAAGUGCGGAACUUUCUAUCAGACCCCGAACUAGACUGGCUUAGGGCGACCGUGGAGGUGUAUGACCCGGGCUCAGAGCACUUUCAGGUGGACCCAGAGAGCGAUGAUCCCACACUAUCUCUCCAGUACUGGCCGGAGCGGUCUGACUGCUCCUUGGCCGAGCUGGAGCUGGGCUGGCCGGACAGCUCUGCUUACCGGGGGGUGACGCGCGUCAACGUGUUCACGCAGCCGCCACUGCACGAGCCCACUCACGUUAAAGAAAUGAUUAGAAGAACGAUAGCUCAGGCACAAAAGGUGAUUGCCGUGGUGAUGGACGUGUUCACUGAUGUGGACAUCUUCAGAGACCUGCUGGAUGUGAGCUUCAAGGGGAAGGUCUCCGUCUACAUCCUGUUAGAGCGGACUGCCAUUCCUCACUUCCUGUCCAUGUGUGAGAGAGCAGGCAUGCACUCCGGACACUUGAAGAACCUGCGUGUGCGUUGUGGGGGGGGAGCAGAGUUCUAUACACGUUCCUGUAACAGGGUCCGGGGCAGGCUGGGACACCGGUUCAUGUUUGUGGACGGAGACAAAGCUGUGUCUGGCUCCUACAGUUUCACCUGGAUGGCGUCACGUUUGGAUAGACACCUGGUCACCGUGGUAACGGGCCAGGCUGUGGAGGCCUUCGACCGGCUGUUCCGUGACCUCUACCUGACCUCCAGUGCCGUCAGCCUCAGAAAGGUAACCAUGGAGACGGAACCCCAACCCGAGCCCCUCCCCCAGCCAGCCGCUGUGGCUCCUCCCUCUGCUGCUGUUGCUAGGAAACUCAUCAACCCCAAAUACGCUCUGGUUACCCUGGGCAACAGUGCUAACUCAAGCCCCGCCCCGUCAAACAAGGACAGUGCCAAGAACUCCAACUCCCAGAAUCCCAAGGGGCUGACUCAGAAAAAGAGGGUUAAAGAGCCAGAAGAAGCCCCACCCCUUCACCCUGGAUUGGCGGAUCUAGAGAAGGCCUACCUGAUCCCUUACCUGCCCACCUGGCCCGACCCCGACCCCCCCAGUGAUGUCAUCGGCUUCAUAAACGUGCGUGACUCUAGCCGACCUCUGCAGGUGCACCUGCAGAGGUCAGAGAGGUUUGAGACGAGCCACGCCAUCAAGUUCAGCUCCCCCUUUAGCAGGCCUGAGACACCAGACCUGACCCAGCCUGAAGCUGUCAACACCUCCAGACCUGAACCCAACCUCAACACACACACGCCUCCACCUGAACCCAACCUCAACACACACACGCCUCCACCUGAACCCAACCUCAACACACACACGCCUCCACCUGAACCCAACCUCAACACACACACGCCUCCACCUGAACCCAACCUCAACACACACACGCCUCCACCUGAACCCAACCUCAACACACACACGCCUCCACCUGAACCCAACCUCAACACACACUCCUCUAAACCUGAACCCAAUCUCAACACACACACCCCUAACCCUAACAUGUCCACACACAUCUCCCUUACACCAAACCAAACACACCUACAGCCCCAGCUCCCCCCACAACACACACAGCCCUCACCCCAGCCCAGCCCAGAGCCUCUGUCACCCCCCCUGGAGGCAGAGUCCAGACAGGACCGGGCCCCUCCCCCUGUGCUGCUCACCUGCCUGGCUCUGAUGCCCCCUUACACCGGCAGUGCCUCACUCCUCCCCACCACCCUUCCCCACACCACGGACUCGAUACCUUCUGGACUCGCCCUCAACACACACAACACACACACAGCCGCACAGUCUCCACCGCAGCAUGGAGACCUACCCACACACAAACCUGAUGUACGGUCACACUCAUCUGACCUGCGGACAAACACACCAGAGCAGCGUACCUCCACACCUGAGGUGAGCAAUGGCUCCAGGUGUGUCUCUCCAAGGAAAGACUCCACCACCUCAGACGAGUACUACGAGUGCUGUGACUCUCUGCAGAGUGAGUCUCUGCAGAGUGAGUCUCUGCAGAGUGAGUCUCUGCCGAGUGAGUCUCUGCUGGAUGUGAACGGCCUCCGCAGGGGCCCCGAGGAGCAGGGCCACGCUCCUGGUUCACACGCUCCUGGUUCACACGCUCCUGGUUCACACGCUCCUGGUUCACACGCUCCUGGUUCACACGCUCCUGGUUCACACGCUCCUGGUUCACACGCUCCUGGUUCAGCACCAGCCCUGGCCCCAGUCCCAGACCCUCAGAGCUCUACACCUUUACUGACGCACACACCUAGCACCAAAGGACGUGCCCCUCUGCCCCCCACAGCAUCAGCGGGCCCUUCCCCUGACAGAGGCCACCCAGCAGGGAUACCAGCAGGGAUACCAGCAGGGAUACCAGCAGGGAUACCAGAGCACCCACGGGUGGCGAGACCAGCAUCAGAAAGGAGAGAAAGACCCCUGCACAGUAGAGAGACCGAUGGGAGGAAGCCUGUGAGAACGGCCCCGAGGCCUCCCGGGAGAGGGCAGCACGACGAGAGCCCCCCCUCUAAACCUCCCCGGCUGUUUGUGGGGCGAUCCCUCAGCCAGGGAGGGGUCAGGGAGACCCCGCCCCCACACCACCCCCCCAGCAGGCAGACCCCGCCCCCACACCACCCCCCCAGCAGGCAGACCCCGCCCCCACACCACCCCCCCAGCAGGCAGACCCCGCCCCCACACCACCCCCCCAGCAGGCAGACUUCCUUGCAGCCAGGGAGGAGACUGGUGGAGGGCUCGCCUGCUAGGAUGUCCCCAGCAGGGGAGGGGAGGAGCAGCCUGGCUCAGGCCAGCACCAGGCCUCAGCCUCUGCAGCGCUCCCAGUCCUGUGCCCCGCUCUCCCAGGCCCCGCUCUCCCAGGCCCCGCUCUCCCAGGCCCCGCUCUCCCAGGCCCCGCUCUCCCAGGCCCCGCUCUCCCAGGCCCCGCUCUCCCAGGCCCCGCUCUCCCAGGCCCCGCUCUCCCAGGCCCCGCUCUCCCAGGCCCCGCUCUCCCAGGCCCCGCUCAGAGGGAGACCCGGACCUGGAGGAGGUGGACGGGCCGGGGCAGGGGCCGGGGCAGGGGCCGGGGCUGGGGCCGGGGCAGGGGCCGGGGCCGAGGCCGGUCAGGAGGGGGUCAAGGCUCCGUUCGCUCUGUCCUUCAGCAGGUUGUACCAGCUGAAGAGUCUGAAGGAGAGGAUGAGCAGGAGCCCAACUCAGAAGAGAGGCCCGCCCACGCAGGAGAGAGCCCCGCCCAUGCAAGGGCAGUCUGACCCCUGACCUCUCUCCCGCGACCACAGGGACUUCCUGGGAGAACUUCCUCCUUGUGACUCAUGAGGUCAUUAAAAGCAUUGACUUUUUUGGAGUCGUCGGCUACUAUGUCUAGGUCUGCUAUGUCUAGGUCUGCUAUGUCUAGGUCUGCUAUGUCUAGGUCUGCUAUGUCUAGGUCUGCUAUGUCUAGGUCUGCUAUGUCUAGGUCUGCUAUGUCUAGGUCUGCUAUGUCUAGGUCUGCUAUGUCUAGGUCU